AAACACAGGGGCAAAUUUGUCAAUUACAUUCAUUAAGCGAAACCCUAGCAGGCCUUAAACUUCCGAUAUAACCCUUUUCACCCCAUUCUCUCUCAUUUUGCUCCUCCUUUCACAACCCUCCGCCGCCGCCGUACUCCUCCGCAUCUCCAAUGGCAUCAGAAAGGAAGCAAGCGAAUCCAAUGAGGGAGAUUAAGGUUCAGAAACUGGUUCUCAAUAUCUCCGUUGGUGAAAGUGGUGAUCGUCUCACUCGCGCUGCUAAGGUUUUGGAACAACUUAGUGGCCAGUCUCCUGUGUUCUCCAAGGCAAGGUACACUGUGAGAUCUUUUGGCAUUAGGCGUAACGAAAAGAUUGCGUGCUAUGUCACUGUUAGGGGUGACAAGGCAAUGCAGCUCUUGGAAAGUGGCUUGAAGGUUAAGGAAUACGAGCUUUUGAGACGCAACUUCAGCGACACUGGCUGCUUUGGUUUUGGUAUUCAGGAGCACAUUGAUCUUGGUAUCAAGUAUGAUCCAUCUACUGGUAUCUAUGGUAUGGACUUCUUUGUGGUUCUUGAACGCCCGGGUUACCGUGUGGGUCGCAGACGUAGGUGCAAGGCUCGUGUUGGUAUCCAGCACAGAGUUACAAAGGACGACGCAAUGAAGUGGUUCCAGGUGAAGUAUGAAGGAGUUAUCCUCAACAAAUCCCAACAGAUUGGAGCUUAGAAGACAUCGUAAGUUUUCUUUUGGCGGUUAACGUUUGAUGUGGCUUACCAGAAGUUCUAUUACAUCAAUUUUUGUGUUUUCAGUCUUGCAUUUUGACUAGUUAUGUUGUUAUUCUCUUGUUAUAGUGGCUGUUUUUAGGAUGGAAUUUAUUCAACUUUGUUUUGAUCAGAUGUCUUUUUUUACUACUUUAUUUGUGACAUGCUGUUUUGAUUUU